UGCUUAGUUAGAGUGAUUAAAACUGUUGCAUUUACAAUCUGUUUUGUAGUAUUGAUAGUGUGACAUUUUUUUUAUCUUUUUGAAUGAAGUACUAAUAAUCUUAAGUUUCAAAAUGUGUUUCUAUUUAGAUGAUAUCAGCCUUUCUUUUCCUUUCUAAUAGGUAUGGAUGUUCAACCAGUGAAUGUCUUUUAUAAUAAGUACUGCGAUGAAGAAAAUAUUCCCGAGCCCGCCAAAUCUCUGUAUCAUUCCAAUUUCAAAGGCUUCAAAGAUGUAAUGUAUUUAAUGGUGCUCCGUUGUCUGAAAGGACUAAUGUCGAAUGUUCUUAAAGUAAUUGAUGACAAGCAAGAAAUAUUUAACAUGAAGAACAAACUCUUCCAAGCCCAUGAACUACUCAAAAAGAUGUGUCAUCCAAACUCGACUUCUGAUCCUCAACAGAUUGCAGCAUACUUUGAGGCGAUAAAAAGGGCCAUCAAAUGUGGGAAUGUUGAAUUUGUUGAGAAAGUUCUGAGGUCCAAUCCUGCUUUAUUAUGGGGGAAUAAGGAAAGUGGAAGCAUUUUUCACAUUGCAGUUGCCUGCCGACAGGAGAGAAUAUGGAACCUCUUCUAUGGUUUAAGUACUGCAAAAAGAAACAAAAUUACAGAAAUUCUAGUAAAAUCUGACAGCAUGCUACAUAUAGCUGCAUGUCCUGCAGUAUUGUCUAAAACCCUAGGAAAACCAGAUGGAAACUCGGAAAAGCAAGGAGAACAACAGUUUUGGAAAGUAUUCAGUAAUGCUCCAGGUGCAGCUAUGGAUGUGCAUAGAGAACUACAAUGGUACAAGGAGGUGGAGAGGGUGGUACCGUGUUCACAAAAAAUUCUCGCUAAUGAUAAUGGAGAAACACCUCCAGCUUUGUUCUGGAAAUGGCACUAUGAAUUAAUCAAAGAAGGAGAAAAAUGGAUGAGAGAGACAGCAACAUCUUGUACAAUUGUGGCUACCCUCAUUGUUACUGUUAUGUUUGCAGCAGCCUUCACAUUACCGGGUGGCACUAGUAAUGAUUCGGGGAACCCCAUGUUCCUAUGGCAUAACUCCUUUAUGGUUUUCAUUAUAUCAGAUGCAUUAUCUCUAUUCUCUUCAGUUACUGCAGUGUUAGUGUUCCUAAGCAUUCUCACUUCACGCUAUGCGGAAGAAGAUUUUCUAAAGUCAUUACCCAGGAGACUGACAAUUGGUCUGGCCACCCUUUUCUUAUCCAUUGCCGCCAUGAUGGUAGCUUUUGGUUCCACUCUUGUUAUUGUGCUUGAUGAACGAAUACAAUGGGCUGCUGCUCCAGUCUCGUUGUUAGCUAGUGUGCCGAUAACCUUAUUUGUUUCUUUGCAAUUUCCUUUAUUUUUCGAAAUGGUUUCAUCUAGCUAUGGACCUGGCAUCUUCAAGCGGAAAACAAAAGGCUUGUUUCUUCGACAACCCAAACUACUGUGAUCCAGCUUAGAUAAUAAUUAAUUUUUUGCUUGUUGGAAAUUUUCCCUAUAUAUAUAUAUAUAUAUAUAUGUGCAAUAUACAAAAAAAGAAAAAAGAAAAAGAAAAUAAAAAUAAAAUUGUACUAUUAUGUCAUUUAGAUGCUUAUCAAAGGUUUUGCUUUAUUGUUAUUUGCACUUCUAGUUACACGGAAGCUUAAAGUAGAGUAUAGUGUGUGCUUAUUUCCUGAAUGAUGGAAUGAACAUUCUUUCAAAUUUUAUUACUGUAUAUAGCUGCAAAUAUCUUUUCGUGAAAUAGGAAGAAAAUUGUAUUCUGACAUUUCAAACUCAAGAAAUAGGAAGAAAAUUGUUUUUAAAGUCGCUAACUCUAUUAUGAUCUUGAAUUUUUGAGGAAAAUGAAAAAAUCGAGUAUGUUGCAGUCCGAAGGUGGAAUUAUUGAACCACUAGUGUGAGGUGAUUGAUCAUUGGUAAUUCCAGUUGGAGACAUUGCUAAUUGAAAUGCGAUAUAUAUAUAUAUAUAUAUAUAUAUAUCCUGUUAGAGACAUCGU